CCCUUUGUUAAAAAUACCACGGCAUCAGAAGGCUUAUUUCUAUGUCCUGAAAUUCUAGAAGCAAUACCUGAAAUUACAAAUGCGGGUGUUGGACAUGCCAGAAAUCAUUUGUGGAUGGACUCAGAAGGAGUGGCUAUUCAUCAUUCUAGAGGUCCAAAAAGUGGUUCAGGAUUCAGGUCUCUCUCUCUCUCUCUCGUGUGGACUUGUUGGCACCAGCUGGUACAUGCAUGCAUUCAUGGAGGCACAGUGAAUAUGACAUUAGUGGCUGUUAGUAUACUGCUUGUGCACAGUAAGACUGUCAGUGUCCGUGCUGCUUACUCUGGGUAGAUGAAUUUAGUGGUUCCUUUCAACGGCUUAAAUAUUAUUAUUUUCAUAAUGCUUUUCUUUGCAGGGGAAAUGUUUUCACUUUCAAGUUUACUUGUUAUGAAUGUUUGGCAACAAUGUCAUUGAAAGCCAUCUUACACCAUUUGUUGCAUGAAUGAUGAUUGUUAUGGUUUCCUCAUGAUAACUUCCUUGGGGUAAAUGAUAUCGCUUUCUUCAAUGUCGUAUAUUGGAUGUAGUAUAAUUGAAGUCUUUGUCAAUGUUGGUAUUUUCCAAAAGGAAUCGGCUUUGUGUCUGAUAGUAUUACUUUCCUGGUGUGCCUUUGAUCACCUUCAAGGUAUGACUGGACUUCUUGUGCUUCUGAGAGCAUACAGACCAAGUAGUUGCAACAUGGCCAAUAAAGUCAUCUAUGAUAUUGAGAUAUCUGCUUAUUUUUUUUUCCCUUUGAUUUGUAGCGACGCCCAAAUGCCGAGGAACGUAGCAUGUCCAGUUUCUCCUCGUUUGCAUCCCCAAUCAGCACAUCAUGCGAAUAGAAGAUUGUCUCCCUCUCCUAUAUCGAGCCCCCGUGUGACAUCUGGUUCAUCCACACCUCUUACUGCUGGUAGUGGCACCACUGCGUCUCAUCUCCCCAAACUACCGACAAACUACUUGCAUGAAGGCAUGGGAACAAUUCCAAGGUCCCCAAACAGUCACUACCUCAAUGGCAACCCUUCCUUUCAAAACCUGAAGCCUGACAUGUUUCAAGGGAGGCCACAAACCACUUUUACAUUCCGGGCAAUAGUUCCAGCUGAAAAUGGUUUUCAUGGAGAUCAGUUUGGACGCCGGGCCACCAAGGAAUUAUAUGGUGUGCAGUCUGCUUUAGCUGAUCGGGUAUCUCAACAGCUCUUGAGGGAGCAUGUGAAAUUGAAUCCAUCGUUGAACCUCAAACCCUACUCACCAGUGUUUGGUCGCAGUAAUCGAGUUUAACUAAAAGAGAGCAUAGCCUGUGGAGCUCCAACAUUCAGCAGUAGCUUGCAGUGAAGAAAAUUGUAAAUAUAUAUCAUCAUAUAUCAAAAGGAGAAGAUUAACCUGGAAGAACUUUUAGCUUUUGGACCGAGUCUGCUAUGAUUUUGGCUUUCGGGUCUUUUUUUCUUUGGGUGGGGGGAAGCAAAACUGCUUUACUGAAUGUUAGUUACUAAUUACAGUCCAGAUUUUGUUGAGAAGACAACCUGAGAAAAUGCAGGGCUUGGCUUGUUGUGUAAAGUCUGUUAAAGGGUACAAUGGGUUGUGCUGCCAAAUUGUUGUUGUAUCUUGUUGGAGUUAUAGCUUACUUUACUAGAGUUUUGCCUUUUUUUUUCCUUAUUGUACCUUUAUUAUUUGG